AUGUCUUUGUGCACUGCACCGUCAUCUCCAGCUCAAGUCUCAGCCAGGGCGCUGCCCUCCGAUCCCGGCAUCCUGGGAGGGUCCCGGAAGGGUGGGGGGAUCUUCAUGAUGGCCGGCGCGCUCCCGAGCACCGGAAGCACCGCGAGCACCGCGAGCACCGGGAGUUGCGACGCAGUGCAAGGCCAAGGCCAGGGAGCUCAGGGAGCUCGGGGCGAGCUGCUGCUGUCUGACAUCUCCAUCCGCUUCGAGGACGGCACGGUGCUUCGUGUGGAUGCGCUGGCCUCUGCGACGCUGAUGACGGCGUCCCCGGUCUUCCACAAGAUGUUGACACAUGACAUGAAGGAGAAGGAGCGCAGCGAGAUCGAGUUGCCAGGCAAAGACCCUAAGCAAUUCGAGACUCUCUUGAAGUUUCUGAUGCCAUCGGCCGGCCGAAAGCAGAAGCUCUCCGAUGAGAAUGUGGGAUUCUUGCGGAAGCUGUGUGAAGAGUACAUGAUCGAGACACUGAGGGAGGACUGCUUCAUGAAUGAGUGUGUGGACUUCAUUCGUACAGCGGAGCCCUCCACGAAGGUCUUGGUGGCUGCUCAUGCAUUGAAUCUGGACGACAAUGUGCGUCGGGGUAUCGAUGAGCUCCUCGGCCGUGGCAUUCGAGACUGGGGCGAGUGCUAUGGGGACAGCGCUUUGAUGCAGAAAAUCAUCGAACGAACGAUGACCUUCCUGCACGGCAAGGAGUCCCAGCUACGCCUGAAGGAGUCAGAGGUGCAAGCGGGGAUGGACCAACUUCGCCUUAUGAAGAAGAAGCUCGAUGGCAGCCAGUCAAGGCUACAGCAGGCUGAGAAUCAGCUCAGGGAGAGGGAUGCUCACUUGAUGAGAACCUAUCGCUGA